UAUUUGCAGUGAUUCAUGCAGCAGCUCUGGGAUCAGAUCUCCUCUGAGGCGGAGUCAGCAGGUUUAAACUGCUCCCAUCAGUCCCUCAGACCUCAGACCGUUCCAGACUUCCUUCAGACCAACAUGAAGUCUUCCCGCUUCCUUCUGGCUCUGCUGCCGCUGCUCCUCCCGGUGCUGUCUGCCGGGUCGGACUGCGGACCGUGUGACCCGGCUCAGUGUGCUCCUCUCCCGGCGGAGGGCUGCGCCACCGGUUCCAUACCGGACCCCUGCGGCUGCUGCUCCGUCUGCGCCGCCGCGGAGGGAGAGCAGUGUGGUGGCCGCCGCGCGGCAGCGCGCCGCUGCGGCUCCGGACUAGAAUGCGUCCGAAGCAAAGACGACAAGAAGAACAAGAUGGGAAUCUGUCUCUGCAAGAGUGGAUACGAGGUCUGCGGGACCGACGGGAACUCCUACAAGAGCGGCUGCGCACUGAAGAGCGCCAGUCUGAAGGCCGAGAGAGACGGAAAAGAACCAAUCAACGUCCAGAACAAGGGCCGCUGCGCCACAGCUCCUAUCAUCGUCACUCCUCCAGGUGAGGUGUACAACGUGAGCGGCUCUCAGGUGUACCUGAGCUGUGAGGCGGUGGGAGUACCCACACCUGUCCUCACCUGGAAAAAAGUCCUCGGAGGAAGGAGGAGGAUGGAGCUGCUGCCAGGAGACAGAGAUAAUCUGGCGAUCCAGACCAGAGGAGGACCAGAGAAACAUGAGGUGACCGGCUGGGUGCUGUCAGAAUGUGUUUUAUUUCAGAUCUCCCCUCUGACCAAAGAAGAGGAAGGAUCCUAUGAGUGUCACGCCUCCAACGCUAAAGGUGAAGCUUCGGCCGUCGGAGCCAUUCACCUGGUGGAGUCCAUCGAUGACAUCAUCAUCAAGAAAGUGACGAAGGAUGAUGAGCUUUGAUCAGCUGAUCAGGGAUCAGAGGACAGACAUCACAGACGGAGAAGUUUGUCAGAAUCUAAAGUUUGAUGAACGUUAGAUUUUGUGAAAUGUCUGGAUUUUAACUGCUUUUGCUUCAGCAUUUCUUUCUGCAUUUUAAACUUCUCAUAUUUUACCUUUUUGUCAUUUAUUAUCUUUUUUCUGAGCAUUAGAUAAAAAACUAUGGGUGUUCUGCUGGCGUUAAGCUGUGGGUGAACAGCAGUUAGGCUGGUCGUCAUGGUGACAGCGGUGAGGGUGGUGGAUGCUCUUCAGGUCUCAGAUCUGAACGCUGACUAACAGUAAAUGUUUAUUCAUUGAUGUUUAUUCUGCAAAUUAAUCCAUUUCAUUUUUUAAAAAUGUCUCAGUUGUGACCUAAAAACAUAACUAAAUGAAAACGAACUUCACUGAUCGGUUUGCAUCUAUAGUUUAUGAACUAAUAUUAUUUUUUACCUGAAUAAAACUGUUGUAACACUGGAA